AUGGGUAUAUGUGAAUCGCACACAUAAGACUAUUUAGAAAAGUUUUAGGAUAGCAAAUAAUCUGUUCCUUGUCAAUGCUAUACCUCAACUUAACAAAAUAGAAUUAAAGUGCCUGUUUUAAGUUCAGCAGCUUAAAAUACACUAUAUUCAAAAAGACUAAUACAAGGACCCAAUAAGAUUUGCGAAAAUAUGCAAUAAGCAAUUGAGUUAUGAAAUUAUUCGUUUUUGUGUUCUUUUUCUUAUUUAUUUGGUGUAUA